AUGCUGCGCGGGGCCGCGCUGCUCCCCCGCGCCCUGGGCGGCGGCUGCUGCUGCUGCGCGGCCCGCGGCUGGGCGGGCGCGGCGGGCGCAGGGUCCCGCCCGCGGGCCGCCCCGGGGCUGCCGCCGGGCCGCGCCUGGCACUGGCCCGCGGCGGUGCCGGCGGGCGCCCGCGGGCUGCGCUGGGCGGGUAAAUUUUACCAACAUGCCCCCACUGAGACCUCCCAAGCCACCCUAGCCAGCGUGUCUCCUGUUUUUGCAGUGAUGAAGUUCGACAAAGAGGGAAAUACUACCUAUUUUGAAAAGAAGAAAACAGAAUUGUACCAGGAGUUGGGUCUUCAAGCUCGAGAUCUAAGAUUUCAACAUGUGAUGAGCAUUGCAACCAGGAACAACAGGAUCAUCAUGAGAAUGGAGUUCUUGAAGGCUGUCAUAACACCAGAGUUUCUUCUGAUACUAGAUUAUCGUAAUUUAAGUCUGGAACACUGGCUCCUCAAUGAACUAGCAUCUCAGCUGGCUGGGGAAGGUCAACUAGUCACAUAUUCCCUGCCCUUUGAAUUCCGAGCCAUAGAAGCAAUCCUGCAGUACUGGAUCAGCAAACUGCAGGGAAGACUUAACACUUUGCAGCCUCAGAUCCUUGAGACACUGGAAGCUCUAGUGGACCCCAAGCUUUUAUCUGUGGAUAGGAGUAAACUACACAUUCUCCUGCAAAAUGGCAAGAGCUUGUCAGAACUGGAAACAGAUGUUAAAGUUUUCAAAGAAACAAUUUUGGAGAUCUUAGAUGAAGAAGAAGUAAUAGAAGAACUCUGUCUGUCUAAAUGGACUGAUCCACAAGUAUUUGAGGAGAGUACGUCUGGGAUUGACCAUGCAGAGGAAAUGGAGCUGCUGUUGGAGAAUUAUUACAGACAAGCAGAAGAUCUUUUAAAUGAAGCUCGUGAACUCAGAGUACUGAUUGAUGACUCAGAAAGCAUCAUCUUUAUCAACCUGGACAGCCACCGUAAUGUGAUGAUGAGGCUGAACUUGCAGCUGACCAUGGGGACUUUCUCUGUCUCUCUCUUUGGACUCAUAGGAGUUGCAUUUGGUAUGAACUUGGAGUCAUCUCUUGAAGAGGACCCCAGGAUAUUUUGGCUGGUGACAGGGAUUAUGUUUCUGGGAAGUGGUCUGAUCUGGCGGCGCUUACUUUCCUUCCUUGGGCGGCACCUAGAGCCUCCGCUACCUCCUCACGUUCCUGCAGUUUUGAAAAAAUCCCAACCAGCAGCUGGAAGAGUGGAGAUAAAGACCAGCCUUAAAGGAGAAACAUUUGGGCUGAGCAGAGGCACAUUAACAAACCAGUAGGAACAGCAGGAAUGAAGAGAUUGCUGUUGUUACAGGGUGGACUUUGGACACUUUCCUUGUAUUUGUUCUCCCUUACUGAAAACUGCAAGAAUUUCUAAACUUGCUAAUUUCUAUAUUAUUUUGUGCCAAAAACCUGCAAUGAUAUUUUUAAUGCUCUUGCACAAAAGGAGAGAAACACAAGGGAAAAUAACAAAAUGCUUUCUACAGCAGUUUCACCUCCACCCCGUGUAUGUGCCUUUAGUUUUCUGUAUCACAUACAUGUACUUACUCUUUGGGCAUUCUGGUUUUAAAUGUUUCUGUCAAAUACUGCUUUGCUUAAUAGCCCUUCUUACAGAGAAAAGAAUUUUUGGCUUAAAGGAGGACAGCAGUCAGCAUUGAUCAAUAAUUCUGGUUCUGAGCUGCAGAUUUAGGAAUCUGACUUCAAACAUCAAAGAAAAAUCCACCCCAGGAGUGGCUUCUUGAAUGGAUUUUUAAGGCCCUAUUUAAUUGCAGAGAACAGAUUUUCCAAAGCAAAAAGCAUACCUGCAUCUCAUGUGAAGCAUGACUUCCAGAUUGGGAGCAGUGAGAAACAAGGAGCAAUAAAAGACUUUGAAAUGUA